AUGACUGCACACCGACUGGGGGACAGCAUGAAGCUUCCCACCAGACAAACAAUGGUGAAACAAUGGAAUUAUUCACUACCACUGACCGCGAAGGCUAAAUUUUACCACUUGACACCCCUAGACUUGUGCUAUGCCGUGAAGGCAGCUAUCCCAACUACCUUUACCUUGGGGCUCCAAUUCACAUUCCUCGUGCUCCCCCUGGUGCAGGAUCUCGUCACUCGCCUGCAGAAGUGUCUUACACCUCUUCAGUGGCUGACGCAUAAUGCUACUGGCAUCUCUAUUCCGGUUGCUAGGACCAUCUAUGUGUCUUUCAUUCGUUCUGUGGUGGAUUAUCUCUCCCCAGCUCUUAUACAACUUCCCAAGUCUUGCUUACAACCUCUGGAGGUGUUUCAAAAUAAGGCCAUGCGAGACUCGUCCUCUCCCGUCAUCAAUGUGCAAAUUGGCGGCAAAGUAAUGAAAGCUCUGAUAGACACGGGAAGCAGUUACACUCUCCUGACUGAAAAGGCCACAAAGCGAAUCGGAGGUGAAGUCAACACUCGCAGGAACCCUCCAAGAUUACAGGGAGUUACAGUGAAAGAAGCACCAAACACCACCCCCCUGAUUGUGUACCCUCAACCAAGGUUCCUUAAGAACACUCAACCCUGUCUAGUUAAAGUAAAUGAUGAAAAUAACAUCUUCCUGCCUCUCAUGAAUCACACCAAAAGAGAAAAGAUCUAUAGGCAAGUUUUAGUUAAUAAACCAGAUGGGAGUAAACGCAUGUGUCUCGACUACCGUCAUGUAAACAAACAUCUAGCCACUGACAUCUACCCACUCCCUCGCUUGGAAGAGCUAGUAGAACAGGCCGCAGGUCACAAAUACUAUGUCACUCUCGAUAUGUGGGAAGCAUAUUUCCAAAUUCUCUUAGAUGAAGAAAGUCGUGAUCUCACCACCUUCAGUGAUGGAGUCACCUUGUACAGAUUCCGUCGAUUACCAUUUGGACUCAACUGUUCGCCAGCUAUUUUUUUCUCGGCAAAUAGCUUCGGUUUUGGCUCCUCUUUUGAAAAAGGGCUGGGUGAAAAAUUAUCUGGAUGA